AUGGCGAUCGCUGCGGUUGGGCAGAUCUGCUCGACGUCGAACAUAGCAGACAACCUGGAGCAGUGCCUCAAAUUGGUGAAGGAGGCUGCCCAAGCUGGAGCAAAGGCGAUCUUCUUUCCCGAAGCGUCAGACUAUAUAGCCUCCUCACCUCAGGAGUCGUUGUCCCUGGCCAGGCCAGAGACGGAGUCACCCUUCGUGCUGGGCCUCCAAGCAGCAGCAAAGGAGCACAACAUCCACAUCAACGCAGGAAUCCACGUCCCCGUCCCCGUCAAGCCGUCGGCCUCUUCGCCUUCAGGCGCCACCACAGCCACGGAGCCAGCACCGGGGGCCCAGGGCGCGGCGACCGCCACCACCAAGCUCCUCAACCGCACCAUCUGGGUCCUCCCGACGGGGCAGGUCGACGCCUCGAGGAGCUACGACAAGCUGCACCUCUUCGACUACGGCAGCCUGCGCGAGUCGGCGCACACGCAGGCCGGGGCCGCGCUCGCGGCGCCCUUCGAGACCCCCGUGGGCCGCGUCGGCAGCCUGAUCUGCUUCGACCUGCGCUUCCCCGAGGCGGCGGCGGCGCUCGCGCACCCGCGGGCGUCGAGCGGCUGGCGGCCGGCGCAGGUGCUGACGUACCCGUCGGCGUUCACGGUGCCGACGGGCGGCGCGCACUGGGAGCCGCUCCUCAGGGCCCGGGCCAUCGAGGCCCAGUGCUGGGUCGUCGCCGCCGCGCAGGUCGGGUGGCACUCGGGCACGGCCGGCGCGGGCAGGGUCAGCUACGGCGGGAGCAUGGUGGUGGACCCCUGGGGGCGGGUGAGGUGUGCCCUGCCCGCGGUGGAGGACCGGGAUGGGGAAAUGUCUGUGCCGGACGGCGCGGUGGGGGCGUUGGGUCUGGUAGAUAUUGAUCUGACGCAGUGGGAGAGCGUUCGGGAGAGGAUGCCACUGGUGAGGAGAACGGACGUCUAUCCCGAGAUAUGA